AUGAUGAGACCCAAGAGAGUCUCCAUCGGUGCGGGGUAUCACGGAUGCCAUGGAACUCUGGAGCUAUAUGCCCGUUCGUCUGGGACGGAGAUACUUUCGCUCGACUGUACCGUGGACCAAUUAGGUCCAGGCGACUUGAUACAUCUCGAGACGCCUGUCAAUCCAACAGGAAAGGCCUUUGACAUUCAGUAUUACGCAGAUCGUGCACAUUCUAGAGGUGCCUAUCUCAGUGUAGACUCGACGUUUGCGCCUCCUCCACUGCAAGAUGCGUUCAGUCAGGGUGCAGAUGUUGUCAUGCACUCUGGCACAAAAUACAUCGGUGGCCAUUCCGAUUUCCUAUGUGGUAUCCUGGCGGUCAAGAGUGAUAACCCCAGCAAUGAAUGGCUGCAGCAACUCCAUCGGGAUCGAUUAUACCUUGGGUCUGUCAUGGCAGGUUUUGACAGCUGGCUUGCAACUAGGAGCAUCCGGACUCUCGAGAUGAGAGUCCUCAAGCAAAGCCAGUCGGCAGCGGCCAUCGUUGGUGCAUUGAGACUUGGAUUGACAGGAUCCUGUCGGCAACAAUCCUUGAUAAGUCUCAGCGAUAAAGAGGUUCAGACCGUUCAGAAAGUGGUCAAAGAGAUCCAUCACGCCAGUCUACAAGACGAAGCUAAUAUUGAAGGGAGUUGGCUCCAAAAGCAAAUGCCCCGAGGAUACGGACCUGUAUUUUCUCUAACGCUCCACAAGGUGGAAUAUGCCCGCAAUCUUCCGUCCAAGUUGAUGCUUUUCCAUCAUGCAACCAGCCUCGGCGGUGUAGAAAGCUUGAUUGAGUGGAGGACAAUGACGGACUCGACGGUGACAAAAGACUUCUUGAGAAUCAGCAUUGGUGUCGAGGAUCCAGCAGACCUUUUGGGGGAUCUACUUCGAGGCAUGGAAGCUGUUAUGGCCGAGACAAGUUGA